UUGAUUAUAUCAAUUUCACAUCCCUCCAUUUCAAAUUGGGUGUCGAUUUCUAAUCCCAACACGCCCCCCUUUGCCCUUUGGAAGCCUCUCAUUCCCUUCUUCUCACCGACAUAUCCAAAGCCAAAGCCAAAGCCAAAGCCAAAGCCAGUCAAAAGAAAGCUCAAAGCCAAAGAUUCCAAGUUUUAAAACAUAACUUAGCCACGAAGAACCAAACCCCAGAGGGAAGAGAGACUUUUUGCUUCAUUCAUUUCCAAUUCUUGGAUUUCUGUUCCAUUUCUGCCUUUCCCUCGACUUCUCUCUCAAGAAACAGAGAGAGGGACAGAAUGGGAGAGGUUAGAUUCUUAUGUUUACUCACUUUCUUGUUCUUGGCGGUGAGCUUGAGCUGCAUCAAUGGCGAAGACCCGUAUAGGUUUUUCACCUGGAACAUCACAUAUGGCGACAUAUGGCCUCUCGGAGUGAAGCAACAGGGUAUUUUGAUAAAUGGGCAAUUUCCAGGACCUCAGAUCGAGUCAGUUACUAAUGAGAACUUGAUUAUCAAUGUCUUCAAUAGUUUGGAUGAGCCUUUCCUGAUCUCUUGGAAUGGGAUUCAACAGAGAAGGAACUCUUGGCAGGAUGGAGUUUAUGGCACAAACUGUCCCAUCCCGCCAGGACAGAAUUUCACUUAUGUUCUCCAAGUGAAAGAUCAGAUCGGCAGCUACUUUUACUUCCCUUCCUUGGCCUUCCACAAGGCCGCUGGUGCCUUCGGUGGUUUCAAAAUCUUGAGCCGCUCUAUAAUUCCUGUCCCUUUCCCUCCUCCUGCCGGAGAAUUCACUGUUCUGGCCGGCGACUGGUACUCCAAAAACCACACCGAUUUGAGAGCCAUUUUAGAUGGUGGCAGUGAUCUUCCCUUUCCUGAUGGGCUUCUCAUCAAUGGUCGUGCUUCAAAUGGAAACACUUUUACUGUUGAACAAGGUAAGACUUACAGGUUUCGAAUAUCAAAUGUGGGGCUUACAACUGCCAUAAAUUUCAGAAUACAAGGCCACAAAAUGCUGCUGGUUGAGGUUGAAGGAACUCAUACCCUUCAGAACAUUUAUGAUUCCCUUGAUAUUCAUCUGGGGCAGUCCUACUCCGUCUUGGUCACUGCCGACCAGCCGCAGCAGGAUUACUACAUUGUCGUUUCUACCCGUUUUACCUCCCAAGUUCUCACAACCACCUCCAUCCUUCAUUACAGUAACUCAGCAGCAAGUGUCUCUGGUCCUCCUCCUGGUGGACCGACCAUUCAAAUCGAUUGGUCGCUCGAACAAGCCCGAUCUCUCAGACGAAAUCUGACUGCAAACGGCCCGAGACCGAAUCCUCAAGGUUCUUAUCAUUACGGAAUAAUUAAUGUCACUCAUACAAUAAGGCUUCAAAGCACUGCUCCAAUCAUUAAUGGGAAGCAGAGAUAUGCUGUGAAUAGUGUGUCCUUCAUUCCAGCUGAUACCCCUCUCAAACUUGCUGACUAUUUCAAGAUCUCUGGUGUGUUCUCUCUUGGAAGUAUCUCCGACUACCCAACUGGUGGUGGGGGUUACCUUCAGACUUCUGUCAUGGCUGCUAAUUUUAGAGGCUAUGCUGAGGUUGUGUUUGAGAAUCCUGAAGAUGCCAUGCAGUCAUGGCACGUUGAUGGACACAAUUUCUUUGUCGUGGGGAUGGAUGGAGGGCAGUGGACACCUGCUAGCAGAUUGACUUACAAUUUACGAGACACGAUCUCUCGCUGUACUGUCCAGGUGUAUCCACAGUCAUGGACUGCAGUUUACAUGCCUCUGGACAAUGUGGGGAUGUGGAACAUAAGGUCUGAGAACUGGGCUCGCCAGUACUUGGGGCAGCAGCUGUAUCUUCGUGUAUAUUCGCCAGUAAAUUCAUGGAGAGAUGAAUAUCCAAUCCCGAGAAAUGCUCUUCGAUGUGGUAGAGCAAUCGGUCUCUAACACUCGACCUUCAUGAAGCAACAACAGUUCAGAUCAGUAAACAAUCUCAUCAAGGAUUUAGGAGAUUUUCUCUGUAAAACAUGUGUUAGUCUUGGUUCAACUCGAGCCAUGCGUCGAUCUUUGAGUCAUGAUUCUUGCUAGUUUCUCUUAGUUUUCAAAAGUUUAGAACUCCAAUCUUUCCAGAGAAAGAACACAAUGCUGUAGAAUCCAUGGCUUAAUACCAUUGAUGUGUUGAAAGAAACCAGAAACACAUCGAGAACCUCAUGACUUGCAAUAUUGACCUCCUCAUAUCAAUAUAUGAAUUUGAUUUUCGUUA